GCUCCGAGUGGGAAAGCAUGGCUGGAGAGGAAUUCUAGCCCUUGUUCUCUCCCGGGGGACACAGGGCUGAUUGGCAGCAGGGGUGGGGUGUCUGCCCCCCCUCGGGGGGGCAGGACAGGGCCUCAGGCCUGGGUGCUGUCUAGCACCUGGAAGAUGCCUAUGUCCUGGUUCCUGCUGUCCUUGGCACUGGGCCGGAGCCCUGCGGUGGUUUCUCUGGAGAGGCUCGUGGAUCCUCAUGACACUGCACGCUGCUCUCUAGGUCUUUCCUGCCACCUCUGGGAUGGUGACAUGCUCUGCCUGCCUGGAAGCAUCGAGCCUGCCUCAGGUCCUGUGCUGGUGCCCACCCGCCUGCAGACGGAGCUGGUGCUGAGGUGUCCACAGGAGACCGACUGCGCCCUCUGCGUCCGUGUGGUUGUGCACUUGGCUGUCCAUGGGGACUGGGAAGAGCCUGAAGAAAAGUCUGACUGGGAACUCCAGGAGCCUAGAAACGCGUCUCUCCUGGCCCAGGUGGUGCUCUCCUUCCAGGCCUACCCCACUACCCGCUGUGCGCUGCUGGAGGUACAGGUGCCUGCCGCCCUGGUGCUGCCUGGCCAGUCUGUGGGCUCUGCAGUGUUUGACUGUUUUGAGGCUGGUCUUGGGGCUGAGGUGCGAAUCUGGUCCUACACACAGCCCAGGUACCAGAAAGAACUCAACGUCACACAGCAGCUGCCUGACUGCAGGGGUCUUGAAGUCCGGGACAGCAUCCAGAGCUGCUGGGCCCUGCCCUGGCUCAAUGUGUCUGCAGAUGGUGACAAUGUUCGCUUGGUACUGGACGUCUCUGAGGAGCAGGACUUUGGCCUCUUACUGUACUGGGAUCAGGUUCAGGGUCCUCUCAAAUCCUGGAAGCAAAAAAACCUGACUGGACCACAGACUAUUACUUUAAACCACACAGACUUGGUUCCCUGCCUCUGCAUUCAGGUGUGGCCCCUGGAGCCAGAUUCUGUUAGGACCAGUUUCUGCCCCUUCCGGGAAGAUCCCCGAGCACACUGGAACCUUUGGCACAUAGCCAGUCUGCGGCUGCUGUCCUCAGGGAGAUGGCAGCUAGAUGCACCAUGCUCUCUGCGGGCCAAGAUGGCACUGUGCUGGCAGGCACCAGACCAGGGUCCCUGCCAGCCACUUGUGCCACCGAUGCUCCAGGAGAAUGUCACUGUGAAUAAGCCUCAUGAGUUCCCGUUGCUGAGAAGCCACCCCAACCUCUGCGUCCAGGUGAGCAGCUGGGAGAAGGUCCAGCUCCAAGAGUGCUUGUGGGCUGACUCCUUGGGGCCCUUCAAAGAUGAUAUGCUGUUAGUGGAGAUGAGAACUGGCCCAAACAACACAUCAGUCUGUGCCUUGGAAGCCAGUGGCUGUACAGCAUUGCCCAGCAAUGCCUCCACGAGAGCCGCUCACCUUGGAGAGCAGUUGCUGCACGACUUCCGGACACAGCAGUGUGUGCAGCUGUGGAAUGAUGAUGACCUGGGAGCGCUAUGGGCCUGCCCCAUGGACAAGUACAUCCAUAAGCGCUGGGUCCUGGUGUGGCUGGUCUGCCUACUCUUGGUCGCUGCGCUUUUCUUCCUUCUCCUUCUAAAAAAGGACCGCGUGAAAGGUGAGCACUUCCCUGUCCCGGUUUCCCAGGGACAGCCUCAAAGGGUGACGCUGGGCUCCAGCGGGUGGAGGGGAGGCAGGUCCAGGCUCACCCUCACGGGCUCUGCUUUCCCGACAGCGGCCCCCAGGGCGCGCAAAGCCUUGCUCCUUCACUCCGCCGACGGAGCGGGCUACGAGCGUCUGGUGGGCGCGCUGGCGUCAGCGUUGAGCAAGCUGCCGCUGCGCGUGGCCGUGGACCUGUGGAGCCGCCGCGAGCUGAGCGCGCACGGGGCCCUGGCCUGGUUCCACGGGCAGCGGCACCGGACCCUGCAGGAGGAUGGCGUAGUGGUCCUGCUCUUCUCGCCCGCGGCGGCGGCACAGUGCCAGCAGUGGCUCCAACAUCAGACGGUGGAGCCAGGGCCGCACGACGCCCUCGCCUCCUGGCUCAGCUGCGUGCUGCCCGAUUUCUUGCAAGGCCGUGUGGACGGCCGCUACGUCGGGGUCUACUUCGACGGGCUGCUGCACCCCGACGCCGUGCCCGCCCCGUUCCGCGCUGCGCCGCUCUUCUCCCUGCCCUCGCAGCUGCCUGGCUUCCUGGAUGUCCUGCAGGGAAGCGGCGCCCCGCGCCCUGGGCGGCUCGCGGACAGGGCGGAGCAAGUGGCCCAGGCCCUGCGGGCCGCCCUGGACAGCUGCACCUCGCAUUCGGGAGCCCCGGGCUGCGGCGAAGCAUGGGACCCGGGACCCUACCCUGCACUCGAAUAAAGACCGACGCAGUUAGCCUAACCGAGUA